AUGUCAGGCAACCCCUUCCGCCGCUCCCAGCCGCCGCCUGCGCUGCAUCCCGCCAGCCCCGACGGUUUCCGCCCAGCCGCCGAACAGUUGCCUGCCGCUGACCAGAAGGCGCCUGCGCGGACAAAGAAGCAUGUUCGUCUAGCAUCCCCUCCGGCCUCUCCGCCGGAACCGUCGAGCCCGGAAAUAGACAACAACCUCGCAAGACGCCUGGGCGCCGCUCGCCAUGCUCCUUCUCCGCCCCCGCCUGCCGACUCCAGCGACGGCUCUGACGGCGGCAUCGUGCACGAGCUGUCCGACGAGAGCCCCGUCGACCAAGACUUCCCAGACGACAAUGCGCCGCUGAAGCCUGCCGCUUCCGGACAACUUGCGAGAGGGGGGCGCUCCUCAGGCGUGCCCAAUCCGUUUGAGCGCACUCUGGCAAACAUCGACCCUUCUACGCGCCAAGAGGACCUCGAGUCGGAAAGGACCAAUCCGGGCGGAGCGGGUCGGUCGGUUGGUCACAAGACGAGGGGAUCAAUGGACGUGGACUCGUUCAAACGGCUACUGAUGACCGGCAGCGCUCAUUUGCCUUCUGCAGACGAACCUAUACCCUCGGAAGCACAGCCGAGGGCAAACAUCACCAUAGGUGGCGACACCAGCAGUGGGACUGAUGCUUCCUCCGCGUCCAAGAACUCCAUGUUUGAUUCCGUCCUCCGAGCCCACGACGACACGCCCCGGAGCUCGCUUGAGAGGACCUCGUUUGAUGGCGCCAACGAGGACGACCGGUCAACCCUCAUCGGGGCAGAACAAACACGGGCGAAACAGAAGCCGCCGCCUCCGAAACACAGACACGGCAAAUCCAUAACACGUGCACCACAGACCGUAUCAUUUUCUGACUUUUCUCCGUCCGUCGCCUCCCCAACCGCGAAAUCAGAUGUUCCAAAGCGAACAUCGUCAAAUGGGCAAAAGCCGCUCCCUCCACGACCCCGCGUCCCUCCAGGUCAGAAACAAAAAGAUCACCCCUCAUCACCACCAGUGGAGCCUGUACCUGCCAAGGAUGCUGCUGAGUCACCGGAAUCCUCGGAUGAAGCGAUGGAGAAUUCUCCACCUGUCAAGACCCCGGAGGUCUCUGCGCCACAGCGGCGCAAACCCCCAACCCCGCCCAUAGCCCGGCGGCACAGCCAGCUCAAGUCGUCUGACGCCCGUUCGCGCAGCAAUUCGGCGGCAACAAUGUCAUCCCAGCCAGACGCGCCCCUCUCGCCUGCAGAGCAACCUCCCACGACGUCAGCCCCACCCACUUCAUUCAACAAACCACCGCCACCCCCACCUUCUCGCCGUUCCGGCGCUACUUCUUCAUCUACUGUGGACCUCAAUGCAGUGAGCCGAUCUUCAUCCCGCCGCUCCACUGCCAGUUCCAUGCAGAACCCCUCCCUGAACAUCCGCUCCAACCGUCUUUCCGGCUCUGCGCUCGACAUUAGUAGUCCGACUGGCGCUGGUCCUCCUCCUCCCCCUCCCCGCCGUGGAAGCAGCAAGAGCAGUUUCGAGAUGCAGCGCCCAAGCGCAAGCGUACUGGCAGCCGCCGCAGGUGAGGGUAGGCGAUCGAGCGGCGAGUUUAAGAACAGGAGUCGGACGGCGAGUGGUGCAAGUGAGAGAGUGUUGGGCGGGUACGCUGUGAAGGAGGAGGAUUUGACGAGCCCGAAUGCUGCGGGUGGGGUUGGGGGGACGGAUCUGCUGAGUGAGUUGGACAAGCUGCAGCAGGAAGUCGAAGCCUUGAGGCAGAAGUCGACCACGAAGGCAUAG